AUUUACUCAACAAAAAUGGCAAUUUCAUUUCCUAAGCUUCUAACAGCAAUAACCAUCCUUCAUCUACUCUCCAUCCAAACCAAAGCCCUUUUUCCAUACACACUUCCCACCCAAUUCUCCGACGACCCAUUUCGAAUCCUCGAACAAAUCCCUCUAACAAUCCCUAAGGGAUCAGAUCAACCCUUAACCUUAUUAGCUAGAUGUGAUUGGAAAGAAACCCCAAGUGCCCAUCUGAUAAAUCUAGACAUCCCUGGAUUGACUAAAGAAGAUGUGAAAAUUGAGGUUGAAGAAAACAGAGUGUUGAGAAUCAGUGGCGAGAGAAAGGCUGCCGGAGAAGAAGUUGAAGGAGAGAAAUGGCAUAGGGCGGAGAGAACUAAUGGGAAGUUUUGGAGACAGUUCCGGUUGCCGGGGAAUGCGGAUUUGGAUGGAGUGAAAGCGAAUUUGGAAAAUGGGGUUUUGAAGAUUACUGUGCCGAAGUUAGCAGAGGAGAAGAAGAAACAGAUGAAGGUUAUUGAUAUUGUUGAUGAAGGAUUGGCCGGCGCCGGCGCCGGAGAGGUUGUUAAAGCUAGUAAAGAUGGUGAUUUGAAGAAGAAAUAAGGUUUUGAUUUCUUU